AUGUCCCGAAUGAACGACCUGUACGGCCACCUGGUAACUCCACAUGCAAGUAAGGACGACUGGACUCGAAGUGAUAUCAUCGAGAACGUCUUUGCCCCCGCCAUUGAUCAGAUCACACCAAUCAGUACUCCUGUAGGCCUAAGAGUAGUCCCCGAGUACAGGAGAGGGGAAAUGACUCACCUCCGCAAGUGCUACAAUAAACACGCCUCUGUCUGCUUGCAAAAACAAUCCGAACUGGUCCAAAUCCAGCAGGAGUACAUCAAGGACGAAAUUCGGAGUCUCAAGUCAGAACUGUUGCACGCUCAGGAGGAAGUACGCAAAAUACAAUUCCCUCCCCUCGUCAUUGGACAGUUCCAGGAAAUAGUGAGCCACGACUCGGCCAUCGUGGGGUCCACCACUGGGUCCAACUACUACGUCAAAAUUCUGUCAAUAAUCGACCGGGAGUUGUUGAGGACGGGGUGUUCGGUGGCCCUCCACAAGCACAGCAAUGCCCUCGUGAAUGUGCUCCCCCCCGAGGCCGACAGCAGUAUUAUGAUGCUCCGACCAGACCAGAAGCCCCAAGUCACCUACAACGACAUUGGGGGGUACGACCAGCAGAAACAGGAAGUGAAGGAGGCCGUCGAACUCGCUCUCAACCAGUACGAACUGUACAAGCAGAUUGGGAUUGACUCCCCCUGCGGAGUACUGUUGUAUGGUCCCCCCGGAUGUGGCAAGACUAUGCUCGCUAAGGCAGUGGCACACCACACGUCCGGUACCCCCCACUUAUCACCCGCAGCCUCCUUCAUUCGAGUUGUGGGGUCGGAGUUUGUGCAAAAGUACUUGGGGGAGGGUCCGCGAAUGGUGAGAGAUGUCUUCCGACUGGCCAAGGAGAAUGCCCCUGCCAUCAUCUUCAUUGACGAAGUGGAUGCCAUCGCCACCAAACGAUUCGAUGCCCAAACAGGGGCAGACCGGGAGGUGCAGAGGAUUCUCCUCGAGUUGCUCACUCAAAUGGACGGAUUUGACCAGAAUAUUAAUGUCAAGGUCAUUAUGGCCACCAACCGAGUCGACACACUCGAUAAGGCCCUUCUCCGUCCGGGCAGACUCGACAGGAAAGUCGAGUUCCCUCUUCCCAACAGAAGACAGAAGCGUCUCAUUUUCUCCACCAUCACUGCUUCUAUGAGUUUGUCGUCUGAUCUCGACCUCGAGGAGUUUGUCGCCCGCUCGGACAAGAUUUCGGGAGCAGACAUCAACUGCAUUUGUCAGGAGGCGGGCAUGCAGGCUGUGAGGGAAAAUAGAUACACCAUUUCCAAUGCUGAUUUUGAAAAGGCGUACUCAAAGGUGGUCGACCGAAAGCAGAACGAGUACGACUUUUACAACUGAUUACAUUCUUUGGCUGUUCUUGGUUA